GCAUAGUGACAAGAUGUCCUCUUGAACUGAAGAUGAAGAGAAAGAAAGCAGGAAACGUGUGGUACGGAAAGAUAAGCUACAGGGACUACGAGGAAGAGAUUGAUGAUCCUGCGGAUGUGGAGAAAAAGAUUCGAGAAGCUCAGGAUAAAAUGGCUGGGGUCGGUGUGGGGAUCAGUGAUGACCUCAUCAGCCUGGAGAUCGCCUCUCCUGAUGUUCCAGACCUGACGCUCAUUGACCUGCCUGGAAUCACCAGGGUGGCUGUAUCGGGACAACCAGAGAACAUUGAACACCAGAUAAAGAGACUGAUCCGCAAGUUCAUCACGAAACAAGAAACCAUCAGCCUGGUGGUUGUCCCAUGUAUCGUGGACAUAGCAACCACAGAGGCCUUGAAGAUGGCACAGGAGGCGGAUCCCGAUGGAGAGAGAACUUUGGGUAUUUUGACCAAGCCUGAUCAAGUGGACAAAGGAGCAGAGGAGUCAGUGAUUGACAUUGUUCAUAAUGAGGUCAUCCACCUGAAGAAGGGCUACAUGAUCGUCAGGUGCAGGGGUCAGCAGGAGAUCACAGAGAAAGUGUCUCUGACUGAAGCAUUAGAAAGAGAGAAAGCCUUCUUUGCAGACCAUGCACAUUUCCACACCCUGUACAAUGAGGGCCAUGCCACAGUUCCGAAACUGGCUGAGAAACUCACAAUUGAGCUGGUGCAUCACAUUGAGAGAUCUCUCCCUCGACUGGAAGAACAGGUCGAGGAGAAACUAGCACUAACUCAGGCAGAGCUGGAGAGAUAUGGCAGUGGACCCCCAUCUGACCCAGCUGAGAGACUCGUCUUCCUGAUUGAUAAAGUAACAGCGUUCACUCAGGAUGCCAUCAGUCUGGCUGCAGGAGAGGAACUCAGAUGUGGAGACAAACUCAAUGUCUUCUCUAUGCUCAGAAAAGAGUUUGGGAAGUGGAACACCCACCUGGACCGCACGGGACACAACUUUAACAUGAAGAUCGAUAAAAAGGUGGAGGACUAUGAAGAGAGGUACCGUGGAAGAGAACUGCCAGGCUUCAUCAACUACAAGACGUUUGAGGUCAUGGUCAAUGAGCAGAUGAAACAGCUGGAAGAACCAUCUGUCAAGAAACUCAAGGAUAUUGGAGAUGCAGUUAGGAGGGUGUUCUUGCAGCUGGCCAUCAGUAGCUUCACUGGAUUUCCCAACCUCAUUAAAACAGCCAAGGCAAAGAUUGAAACCAUAAAGCAAGAAAAAGAGUCCAUUGCAGAGUCCAUGCUGAGAACCCAGUUCAAGAUGGAGAUGAUGGUUUACUCCCAGGACAGAACCUACAGCAGCAGUUUGAGUGACAGAAAGAGAGAGGAGAACGAGGAGGAAGAAAAACGUACUAAAAAGACUCCUAAGUACUUCAUGGAUAAUCAUGCAACUCUUCAGGAGUUGAUGUUACACCUUAAAUCAUAUUACAGAAUUGCCAGCCAGCGUCUUGCUGACCAGAUACCGCUGAUUAUUCGCUACCACGUGUUGCAGCAGUCCGCCGUCCAGCUGCAGAGGGAGAUGCUGCAGAUGCUUCAGGAUAAGGAGAAUUUGGAGCUCUUGCUGAAGGAGGAGCUGGACAUUGGUUGCAAGAGAGCUGCUUUGCAGAGUCGCCACAAACGCCUCAUGAAGGCCCGCACGUACCUGGUGAAGUUUUAAUGGAGGUUAGAGCAUAACUCUACUGUGCUGCAUUAAUUUGAGAAAUACAACAAAUCCAUGGUUGAAGAUUCUCAUACUAUUUUUUGUUUUAUUGUGUAAGUUUGGAAUGGACAGGAUGUGUUUAAUGUCCUGUAAUAUGCACUAUAUUGUUGCUCAAGAAAAGGUCAUGAAAAGGUCAUAGUCCUGUUAUUUAUUAAACAAGACUUGAAUGUUGCCUAAUGUAUACUUAUAUUCUUGAAACAUAUCCAAAAGCAACAUAUUCAUAUUUGUUACUGUAUUUGUUAAAAGAGAAGAUUUCACUUGAACUGUCAAAUUUUUCGAUUCCAACUUGCUUUUAGGGGUAAUAGUACUCAGAUAAUCUCUUGUCUUGAAAUAAAUAUUGGCAUUUUUCCUAUAGUUAUGUAUUGUCAAACAAAAAUUUUUGUGUUGAAUAUACAGCUUAUUGAGAUAUCCAAAAGUAGAAAUGUUAUCUUUUUUCAGACAUGUUUUAGGCGGCUUGGCCAAUAUAAGUUCAUUAUUAAUUUUUGUGGAGAGAAUUAUCUCUCUUAAGCUGCUGCAGGACUGACACUGAAACAAAAAUGGUAUGGCUGAGGACCAGACAGAAUAAACAAGUAGUGGAGACUUAUUAUUAUUAUAAGCUACCCAAACCUGAGAUGAGGU